AAGUGUCCGGUAGGCAGGAAGGGGGUAGAAGUGCCGGUAGGCAGGAAGGGGGUAGAAGUGCCCGGUAGGCAGGAAGGGGUAGAAGUGUCCGGUAGGCAGGAAGGGGGUAGAAGUGCCGGUAGGCAGGAAGGGGGUAGAAGUGUCCGGUAGGCAGGAAGGGGGUAGAAGUGUCCGGUAGGCAGGAAGGGGGUAGAAGUGCCGGUAGGCAGGAAGGGGGUAGAAGUGCCGGUAGGCCAGUGGUUAAAUUGUCCUUCAGCCAGGCA